AGAUUUUUCUGUAACUUUUCAAAGAAACUACAUGUAUUUUGAAACUGCUUGUUCCGUCAAUCAUUCCUAGCAGGUGUCAAUGCAAUGGAAGGUCUCGUUCCCAGAGCCGUCUCAGCUGGCUUGAUCACGUGACCAUUGGCGUUCGCCAUCUUUGUUUCUUCGCGGAGGAAGCAUUGGUGGCGAUCUCUUUGUUUUGUAAGCUGAUUUUCAAGAAGUCAAGAGGACUUCACAACCUUUCUUUUACAUCACACAGGUGUGCAACAUACCAGACAUUCUUCUGAUCGUAGUUGUAUUACCUAGGCUGUUCGUGAUUGUCUAGAAAUCGGACUCUACUUUUACCGAAGUCAGGCAGAACUUGGCAGUCAAAGCACCUGGCCUGGGGUGCGCUUGUAAAACAGUGCACUACAGUUUAACUACAGUGAAGGCUGCUGUCCUGUACAGAGCACCAUGUCAGACUUUCUGGAGAGCGAGGCUGAGGAGUCGAUGGGGGAGGAGUCUGGAGACGAUGAGGAGGUCACUACGAAGAAGAGUAGGGCGGUGAUGGGAAGUGGUGAUGAGGAGGAGGAUGAGGAAGGAAAGGUUGAGGAUAUUGAAGACAACGUGUCGGACCUGAUUAACGAUGAUGAUGAUGAAGAAGAGAUGGAGGGAGAGGAGGAGCCUGGGCCUCGGUCCCGGUCGCGGUCCCGAUCUCGCUCAAGAUCCGGUAGUGAGGCGUCUGCAGGGGAAGACUCUGAGGGAGAGAUUGGUGGGAAGAAGAGGAGAAGAAGAUCAAGCAUUGAUGACCGACUGGAAGAUGAGGACUAUGAUCUCAUCGAAGAAAAUCUGGGUGUCAAAGUCAAAAGGAAACGAUUUCGACGUGUGCAAGCCCUGUCAGAUGAUGAAGAGAGCGACCGAGAGGUACAGGAGGAAGAGGCACAGGAAGAGGACAGGGAGGCCAUCGAGAAAGAGCUGUUUGAAGGAGCUGAGGAGGGCUCUGAAGGGGAGGGGAGUGUGAAGGAUCGCCCCCUACCCCCUCAUGAGGAAACUCCAUUCCAGGAGGAGGAGUCAGGGUCAGAGGAUGAAAUUGAUGACUUCAUUGUGGAUGAUGACAACCAACCCAUCAGAAAACCCAAGGGCAAACGCAAGUUCACUGAUGCGGCCCUUCAGGAGGCUCAGGAUAUCUUUGGAGUUGAGUUUGACUUUGAAGAGUUUGAGCAGUUUGGAGACGAGUAUGAGGGAGAGGAGGAGGAGUUGUAUGAUGAGUAUGAAGAAGAAGGAGAGGAGGGGGUGAAAAGAGUGAAGAAACCUGGCAAGAAGAAGCUUGCCAAGAGGAGCAUCUUUGAUGUCUAUGAGCCUAGCGAGUUGGAACAGAAGCACUUCACUGAUCAGGACAAUGAGAUCCGUACAGCGGACCUGCCGGAGAGGUUCCAGUUGCGUACGAUCCCGGUCCGACCUGCUGAGGAGACAGAGCUGAUGGAGGAGGCAGAGUGGAUCUACAAGUAUGCCUUCAUGACCCUCCCCAUCUCCAUGCAGGAGUUUCCAGAUAAGCCAGAGGAGGGAGGUGGUUAUGGUUCCAUGUACAGCAGGAAAGAACCCAGUACUGUGGGCAAGAUCAGGGAUGCACUCAACUUCAUAAGAAACCAGCAUUUUGAGGUGCCAUUCAUAGCGUUCUACAGGAAGGAGUAUGUGGAGCCAGAACUGAACAUCAACGAUCUGUGGAGGAUUUGGCAGUGGGACGAAAAGUGGACACAGCUGCGGAACAGGAAGCGGAACAUGACGCGUCUGUUUGAGAAGAUGCAGACGUUCCAGUACGAACAGGUGGCAGCAAACGACCCGGACGCACCACUGCCUGAGAACAUGCGUCCGCUCACACAGACAGACCUGGACAAACUGAAUGAAGUCCAGACCAUGGAAGAACUGAGGGACGCCUAUAUGCACUUUCUGCUGUACUAUGGGCGGGACAUCCCCAGAAUGCAGAAUGCUGCCAAGAAGAAGAAGAAAAAGAAGAAGAGGAAGCCAAAGAAGGAGCGAGCUGAAGGGGAGGAGGGGGAGGAUGUAGAAGUGGAGGAGAGAGAUGGGGAGGAGGAGGAGGAAGAAGAAGAGGAGGAAGAGGAAGAGGAGGAAGCAGAUACAGCACAGUUGAAACAAGCUUCUAGAAGAGACAUGUACUCCAUCUGUGAAACAGCAGGACUAGGUGGCCUUGCUAAGAAGUUUGGCCUGACUCCGGAGCAGUUUGGGGAGAAUUUGCGGGAUAACUACCAGCGUCACGAGACAGACCAGUACCCAGCUGAGCCCAACGAUCUCUCCAAGGAGUUCGUCAACAGUCAAUUCCCAUCUGAGGAGAAAGUCCUUCAAGGGGCGCGGCACAUGGUUGCCAUGCAGUUGUCACGGGAACCUCUUGUCCGACAGUGUGUCCGACAGACGUACUUCGAGAGGGCCAAAGUCUCCACCAAGCCCACCAAGAAAGGACGCAAGGAAAUUGAUGAGAUGCACUACGGUUACACCUUCAAGUACCUGAAGAACAAGCCAGUCAAGGACCUGACAGGAGACCAGUUUCUCAAGAUGUCGAUUGCAGAAGACGAAGGCCUCCUGAAGACACACGUCUCCAUAGAUGGAGAGACCACCCAGUCGUACUUUGAGGAGAUCAAGCAGCUGUACUACCGCGAUGAGUUCAGCCACCUCGUGCAGGAGUGGAACACCCAGCGCACCAUGGUGCUGGAGCGCAUGCUCAAGUUCAUCCUCUAUCCACAGAUGGAGAAGGAACUCAGGUCCAAACUGGUACAGGAGUCGAAGGACGGUAUCAUUAAGUCAUGCUGCCGUAAGCUGUACAACUGGCUGAAGGUUGCUCCCUACCAGCCUGAGCAGCAGAUAGAGGAGGAAGAUGAGUACAUCGAGGGCAUGGGCUCCUCCAAGGGGCUCCGAGUCAUGGGGCUGGCAUACUCCUCAGACUGGGACACAGCAUCCUUUGCUGCAGUGAUAGAUGGUGAGGGGGACGUGGUGGAUUUCCUCAGACUUGCUCAUCUGAUGAAGCGGAGAAACGCCUACAGAGAAGCGGACAGAGAAAAUAAGUUGAGUGACAUGGAAAGCAUCAAGAAUCUUAUUCUGAACAAGAAGCCACAUGUGAUUGUAAUUGGAGCUGAGAACAGGGAUGCCCAGUCAGUGAUUGACGAUGUGAAGCUGUGUGUGAAGGAGCUGGAGGAGGAGGAGCAGCUGGCUCCCAUCGCUGUGGAGCUGCUCGACAACGAGCUCAGCCGCUUCAUCAUGAACUCUCCUCGUGCUGAGGCGGAGCAUCGUGACUACCCACCAUUGCUGCGUCAGGCCCUGUCACUGGCACGGCGUAUGCAGGACCCACUCAUCGAGUUCUCCCAGCUCUGCGUCAACAAUGAUGACCUGCUCUGUCUCCGCUUUCACACGCUCCAGGAGCAAGUGAGUCGAGAGGAUCUUCUCCAUGCCCUGGAGUUGGAGUUCAUCAACCGUGUGAACGAGGUUGGGGUGGACAUUAACCGCUGCGUGGCCAACAACCACACCACCACUCUGGCACAGUUUGUGUGUGGUCUGGGGCCCAGGAAAGCUGCAUACAUCCUGAAGGUGUUGAAACAGAACAAUGCCAGGUUGGAGAACAGGAACCAGUUGGUGAUGAUGUGCCACAUGGGUCCCAAGGUCUUCAUGAACUGUGCAGGCUUCAUCAAGAUUGACACCAAAUCACUGGGAGACAGUGAGCAGUACAUCGAGCUGCUGGAUGGUUCCCGGGUGCACCCGGAGACGUACGACUGGGCGCGGAAGAUGGCGGUGGACGCACUGGAGUACGACGAGUCUGCGGAGGACGCCAACCCGGCCGCUGCGCUGGAGGAAAUCCUGGAGACUCCGGAGAGGCUGAAGGAUCUGGACUUGGACGCCUUCGCAGAGGAACUGGAACGUCAGGGUUUUGGGAACAAGAGCAUCACGCUGUACGACAUCCGUGCAGAGCUGAACUCCAUGUACAAGGACCUCCGCACACCCUUCAGAUCACCCACUGUGGAGGAGAAGUUCAACAUGCUGACCAAGGAGACUCCAGAGACAUUCUACAUAGGUAAGCUUGUGCAAUGUCGAGUGACCGGUAUUGCCCACCGGAGACCCCAGGGUGACCAGCUGGACCAGGCCAACCCUGUCCGUUCCGAGGAGACCGGCCUGUGGCGCUGCCCCUUCUGCCAGAAGGACACCUUUCCCGAGCUCAGCGAGGUGUGGAACCAUUUUGACAGCUCAGAGUGUCCUGGCCAGGCCACAGGCGCAGUGACCAGACUGGACAAUGGGGUAUCAGGUUUCAUCCCCACCAAGAUGAUCAGUGAUAAACAUGUGAAGAGCCCAGAGGAGAGAGUGAAGCCUGGUAUGGAGGUCUACACUCGCAUCAUCAAAAUCGACAUUGAGCGUUUCCGCGUGGACCUAUCCUGCCGGUCGUCGGACCUCGCUGAUACGAACGGAGACUACCGCCCUGCCAGGGACCUGUACUACGACCACGAAACUGAGGAGACGGACAGGAAGGCAGAUGACGAGGCCAAGAAAAAACAGGCCAGAACAACGUACGUGAAGCGUGUGAUCGUGCACCCCUGCUUCCACAACAUCAGCUACAAGCAGGCGGUUAAACUGAUGGAGAGCCAGGACCAGGGGGAUGUCAUCGUCAGGCCCAGCAGCAAGGGGCCUGACCAUUUGACAGUGACCUGGAAGGUUGAUGACGGAAUCUACCAGCACAUCGAUGUACGUGAGGAGGGGAAGGAAAACGCCUUCAGUCUGGGACAGUCUCUCUGGAUUAACAAUGAGGAAUUUGAAGAUUUGGAUGAAAUCAUUGCGCGCCACAUCCAGCCAAUGGCGUCCUUUGUACGAGACCUGACCAACCACAAGUACUACCAGGCAGCGGAAGGCGGAAAGAGGGAGGCUAUAGAGAAAAUCAUCCGGGAUGAGAAGAAAAAAGCCCCCUCCAAAAUUCCCUACAUCAUCAGUGCUUCUAAGGAGUACCCAGGGAAAUUCCUGCUGUCCUAUCAGCCCAAGACAUCUCCGCGGCACGAGUUUGUGACCGUGACACCAGACGGCUUCAGGUUCCGCCAGCUCAUCCACCACUCGGUGAACGCGCUCUUCAGAUGGUUCAAGGAACAUUUCAGAGACCCUAUCCCAGGUGCCACACCUGUGAAUGUACGCCACAGGACACCCAUGGCGCCCUCACGUCCAGAAAACACACCUGCACCUUCGGGGAUCAACCUGCAAGGUGUGGAUCCCGCACAGCUGUCGCAGCUGCAGAAGGCCAUCAGCAACUUCCCCUCCAACCUGUCCACCCAGCAGGUCUUCAGCGCCCUGGCCGCAGCCACGGGUCAGGGGUCAAGCGCCACGCCUGCGCAGUGGGGCAGCCAGGGGUACGGCCAGAGCCAGGGACAGUACCAUGCAGGGGCAGGGUACAGCGGGGCGGCAGGGUCCAGUUCUUAUCAGACCUUUGCCACUCCCAACCCCAUGGCGACGCCGAUGAUGACCCCAGCCUACCCCUCUGCCACGCCGGCGCAAGGUCAGCCCCAGACCACGCCUCGGUACCAGCCGACACCGCAGUCCUCCUGGGGCCACGGGCACGGCCGGGCCGCCGCGUCUGCCUCAACGUCAGGGGCCACUCCGUCACGAGCUGCUCCAACUCCAAGGGCCUCCACAUCUGCUGCGUCUGCGGGGACCGACUGGGGGAAGGCAGCCCUGGCGUGGGUCCAGCAGCAGCGGAACAAGCAGCGAGGCGGCGACACGCCUAAGGUCCGCACGCCCGGUCACCACACUCCUGGUCACCACACGCCCAGUCACCACACUCCCAGUCACCGAACCCCCAGCCAUCGCACACCGACGCAUCGCGCCCCGACCAUGUCUCCCAGCCCCAUGGUGGAGGGCACGCCCAUGAUCGAGAGCACCCCUAUCUCUGCAAUGGGAGAUGCCACGCCUCUGAUAGACGAACCACAAGAAACGUAGAAUCGUCAUGUAAAAAACGAAUGACAGAUAGAAAGCAACGGGCACUUUGUUUCUAUAGACCAAAAAACAACCCAUAAGUGAAGCAAGGAGACCUGUAAGAAGCACUGCAAAUCAUCCCAGAAUGACAUGUAUCUUAAGAUAUAUUAUUCUACAAGGUGACAGACAUGAAGCUUCUAAGUGUUGAGUCUCUUGUUGAGGGUGUUCUUAUGUUUUUAGUUGAAAAACUGGUGAAGAAGCAGUCUGUGAUAACUGGUCUUGUUUGAAAAGUGCAUCAUGUGGUAUCGUCCUUCGAACAGUCUUGGGACCUUAUGAACUUGGACCAGGAUGUCAAUUCUUUGGUUGGUGCAUGAUGUGUAAUAUAGCUACAUUCUUUCUAAAUAUGGUAAUGUUACUUUUGCUAAAGAGGAUACUCUACAUGUACAUCUUAGCCAAGACUCACUGUGGCAAUGUAGUAGCUAAAAUGUGAUGUUCUUGUAAGCCUAUACGUGUUGUAUCAAUGCUUGGCCACUUAAACAUGUACUAAGUACCUGUAGAUUGCACACAAAUCUACUGUCGUUGAAACCCUAACACGUAACAGUAUGAGCACACUGCAAUCUACAGAAAGUAUCUGUAAUAAGAAAUGUAAACAAAGGAAGCAUUUGUACAUUAAUCAUGGUGAAAGAGAAAAGCUUCAAGAAAACCA